AUGGAAAACCGAUUCAUGACAUUGACACUUGAACCUGAAGAUGUCAGAGCCUGUAAACUGCAUCUGCCAAUUCAAUUCAUGAGAGCCAAUGGCAUCGACAAGCUGGGGAAGAUAACUCUAUUGGGUAAAGACGGAAUUAAUUGCUCGGCAUAUCGAUUGUCAAGAGAUGGCUUUGUGGCUCUGGGAAUUGGUUGGAAAGGAUUUUGUGAGACUAAUGGUGUCCAGACAGGAGAGUCCUUCAGUUUGGAAUUCAUUUAUGAAGAAGACGCAACUCCGGUAUUUAGAUUCUGUUCCAAGUGUGGAGACUAG